AAUAGAUAUACACAAAGACAACUUUAUGAUGUAGUUUCAAAUGUCGAUGAUUAUCAUCUUUUUAUUCCGUUUUGUACAAAUUCUGAAGUUUUAAAAACACAAUACGUUGACCGAAAAACAAAAAUUCUAACCGCUGCUUUAUGUGUGGGUUUUCAAGGGUUUUCAGAAACAUAUGUUUCUGAAGCAAUUGCUUCUUCUGAUGCUCUUUUUAAGCAUCUGACAACGACUUGGAGAUUUACUCCAUAUGAGGAGUUCCCAUUAACUCAUUGCAAUCUAGAUUUUGCCUUAGAAUUUGAAUUCGCUUCGUCCUUACAUGCUCAAGUCGCUAAUGUAUUUUUUGACCAAGUUAAUGAUUUAAUAGUAACUGCUUUUGAAGAAAGGUGUAGUCAGAUUUACGGUCCACCUAUAAGUUUACAGUCUAGCGACGACGAAUAA